AUGGCCAUGGAUGCCGCCGCUGCCGAAGGAUCCUCCCAACAGUCGCCCCUUGCCAGUCAGCGAGAAACUGAAGAAAAAGUCAAGCUUCCAAGCAGACUCUUCCCUCUAGAAUACGGAAAGGCUUUCUCUCAAUGGUGGUCAGGUAUAACCCCAGCUGCUGCCGAAGCCUCAGUUCUCCAAUUCAUCCCCAUCUACUCCAAAUCUCUCAGACCCGCCACUGGUACCGAAGCUUCGAAACCAGACCAUACAUCGCCUCCUUUGGAAUCUACCGAUGAUCGCGUUUGUGCUUCUCACGAAGUCCAUCUCUCAAAUCCCAAACAUUACCUUAACGAAUUCUCCAUCACCCGCCCCGAAGGCAAGACAAAACACAAUCUCGUAGUCCUACAUGGAUACGGUGCUGGUCUUGGAUUUUUCUACAAGAAUUUCGAUGCGCUGUCGAAACGGUCAGGAUGGUCGUUAUACGCCCUGGAUCUCCUCGGAAUGGGUCGCUCCGCCCGUCCACACUUCAAAAUCCACGCUCAAGACCGUAUUGCGAAAGUUCGAGAGGCAGAAUCGUUCUUUGUUGACAGUCUAGAAGAUUGGCGAAAGGCUCGAGGUCUUGAGAAGUUCACGCUCAUGGGUCAUUCCCUGGGCGGUUACCUUGCUACCUGUUAUGCCUUAAAGUACCCGGAGAGAUUAGAGAAAUUGAUUCUCGUCUCACCUGUCGGAAUUCCAGAGGAUCCGUAUGCUGUCACAGCUCAAAUGCCAGAUCAAGAAUCUGCCAGGCAAGCUGCGACACAUCAAGCCGAAACGGCUGCCUCUGCGAAUGUCGGAACAGGCGAACAUGCUCCAAACCCUCCUAGAAGACGAUAUCCUGGUUGGUUCACAUACCUCUGGGAAGCCAACAUCUCACCGUUCUCAAUUGUCAGAUGGGGCGGCCCUCUUGGACCCAGAUUUGUAUCCGGCUGGACUUCCCGUCGUUUCUCAUUCCUCCCCGAAGCCGAGGCCGAAGCGUUACACAUGUACUCCUACACCCUAUUCAAGCAGAAGGGGUCAGGUGAAUACGCUCUCGCAUACCUCCUCGCUCCCGGAGCAUUCGCUCGUGAUCCUCUGAAGAAUAGAUUCUCUCAGAUUGACCGAAAUCUGGAAAUAGUCUUAAUGUAUGGUGAUAGCGACUGGAUGGAUGCCAAAGCUGGAAAGGCGGUUAGUGAAGCGCUUAAAAAGGAUGGGAGGAAGUCGAGGUUUAAGAUUAUUGAGAACGCAGGACACCAUCUUUAUCUGGAUAAUUUUGAAAGUUUCAACAGCUACAUGGACGGUGUAUUGGUGGAUACCGAGAGGGCGGCAUAA